CCGCUCGCUUGUACCUCGCGGUGGGCGGGACUGGCGCGCGCUGUCAGCCAUGGCUGCGCGGCGGGUUGCGUACCGGCGGGCGAAUUAGCCUGAAUUAGCUGGCUAGGCGUGGGUACCGCAGCUCCUUGCUUCUCUGGACCGGUCCACCCGAAAUAUGGCUGGCGUUAUCCGAAGGCUAGACGAAACCGUGGUGAAUCGCAUUGCGGCCGGUGAAGUCAUUCAGCGACCCGCCAAUGCUAUUAAAGAAAUGAUAGAAAACUGUUUAGAUGCGAAGUCCACCAGUAUUCAGGUGACUGUGAAGGAAGGAGGACUGAAGCUUAUCCAGAUUCAGGACAAUGGGACAGGUAUCAGGAAAGAGGACAUGGAAAUAGUAUGUGAGAGGUUUACAACAAGUAAACUUCAGAAGUUUGAAGACCUCACAGCCAUCAGCACCUAUGGAUUCAGAGGGGAGGCCUUAGCCAGUAUAAGCCAUGUAGCUCAUGUGACCAUAACAACGAAAACAGCUGAUGGGAAGUGUGCCUACAGAGCCAGUUACAGCGAUGGGAAGCUAAAGGCACCUCCCAAGCCCUGUGCAGGAAAUCAGGGGACCCAGAUCACUGUAGAAGAUCUGUUCUACAAUGUGUCCACGCGCAGGAAGGCCUUAAGGAGUCCAAGUGAGGAGUACAGCAAGAUUGUGGAGGUGCUGAGCAGGUAUGCUAUUCACAAUUCAGGAAAGAGCUUUUCAGUUAAAAAGCAAGGGGAGACCAUGGCAGAUGUGAGGACGCUGCUCAACGCCUCAACGGUGGACAACAUACGGUCCGUGUUUGGCAACACGGUGAGCAGAGAGCUGAUCGAAGUGGGCUGUGAAGAUCAGAAACUGAGCUUCAAGGUGAAGGGUUACAUCUCCAAUGCCAACUACUCAGUCAAGAAGUGCAUCUUUUUGCUCUUUAUUAACCACCGUUUGGUAGAGUCCAGCGCUCUGAAAAAAGCCAUAGAGACGGUCUAUGCUGCCUACCUUCCCAAGAACACACACCCUUUCCUCUACCUCAGUCUAGAGAUCUCCCCGCAGAACGUCGACGUCAACGUUCACCCCACCAAGCAUGAGGUCCACUUUCUUCACGAAGACGCCAUCAUUGAGAGCAUCCAAAGGCACCUGGAGGCCAAACUGUUGGGCUCCAACUCUUCACGUACUUAUUUUACGCAGACUCUGCUCCCAGGACUCUCUGGUUCCUCUGGUGGAGAUGUCGUACCCUCCUCCAGUUCUGUGUCAGACUCCAGCCAGCGUAUCUACGCUCAGCACAUGGUGCGGACUGACUGCCGUGCCCAAAAGUUAGAUGCUUUUCUGCAGCCCAGCGUGCGGACGGAGCAGCCCAGCGAGCGGACGGAGCAGCCCAGCGAGCGGACGGAGCAGCCCAGCGAGCGGACGGAGCAGCCCAGCGAGCGGACGGAGCAGCCCAGCGUGCGGACGGAGCAGCCCAGUGAGCGGACGGAGCCAUCCAGCACUGAGGUCCAGUCAGAGGGUCCAGACCAGCAGCAAGAGGAUAUUGAGGAUGCGGCACUGCUGGCUGCCCUGGAGCAAGAGGAGGCCAGCAUCUCAGCAGACAUCCAGGGAUGUAGUACUCCUCUUUCAGACCUCUCCACUAGAAAGCGCGCUCGAGAGGGGACUGAGCAAGAGCCGUGCCCCGCUGCUGCUGCCCACAGACGUGUUAUCAAGCUCACCAGCAUUAAGGAGCUGCGAGCCCAAAUAAGCGAGCUCUCUCACACAGGCCUACAGGAAAUGCUACAGAACCAUACCUUCGUUGGCUGUGUCACUCCUCAGUGGUCCCUGAUCCAGCACCAGACUAAACUCUACCUACUAGACACCACCAAGUUCAGCCGGGAGCUGUUUUACCAGAUUCUGGUCUACGACUUUGGGAACUUCGGUGUUUUGCGAUUGUCUAGCCCGGCACCCCUUUACGACCUGGCAAUGCUGGCACUUGAGAUGGAGGAGAGCGGUUGGUCAGAGGAGGACGGGCCUAAGGAAGGUUUGGCCCAGUACAUUGUGGAAUUCCUGCAGAAGAAGGCAGAGAUGCUGGAGGACUACUUCUCCAUGGAAAUCGACCAGGAUGGCAAUCUGGUUGGCCUGCCACUGCUGCUGGAUGGGUACAUCCCUGCCAUGGAAGGGCUGCCCAUGUUUGUGCUGCGUCUGGCCACCGAGGUGAACUGGGAGAAUGAGAAAGAGUGCUUUGGGGACUUCAGUCGCGAAUGCAGCACAUUCUACUCCAUCAGAAAGCAGUAUACCAUGGAGGAUGUGACUGGGGUGGAGCCUAAGCCAGAGGAUCAGGUUGGGUCAUCGUGGAGGUGGGCUGUGGAGCACCUGCUCUUCAAAGCCUUCAGGACGCAUGUCAGCCCCCCACAGCACUUCAGUCAGGAUGGCAGUGUGCUGCAGAUUGCCAACCUGCCAGACCUUUACAAGGUGUUUGAGAGAUGCUAACCUGGAAUGCUGAAGGAAAAAGAAAACUCGGAGAUAUCUGCAAGUGUUUAUUUUUUUUUUUUUAACUCAAUAAAAAUGUUUGAUAAUUCCUACAAACCUACACAAAA